AUGUUCAGAUCAUCCAUCAGAAACUUCUCCAAUUCCGCCAGAGCCUGGGGCACCAAGGUUUUCAUCACACCCUCCAUUGGCGGCGUCAAACAAAACCCAAUCAAAUUCGAGUUGUACGAUGAAGUUGUGCCCAAGACCGCUGAGAACUUCAGAGCCUUGUGCACUGGUGAAAAAGGAUUUGGUUACGCCGGAUCGAUUUUCCACAGAGUGAUUCCAAACUUUAUGUUACAGGGUGGAGACUUUGAAACCGGCAAAGGCUACGGUGGUAAGUCCAUCUACGGCGCCAAGUUCCCCGAUGAGAACUUUGAGAAGAAGCACACGAAGCCAGGCUUGUUGUCAAUGGCCAACGCUGGUCCUAACACCAAUGGGUCUCAGUUCUUCAUUACUACUGUUCCGUGCCCUUGGUUGGACGGUGCCCACGUUGUUUUUGGUGAAGUAAUUGAGGGAAUGGACGUUGUCAAGGCUAUUGAGGCCGAAGGCUCCGGAAGCGGCCAGACCAGAUCCGCCAUUGUCAUUGAAGAAUCUGGCGAGGUAAAAGAGUAG